AUGAAGAUUCUUACUAAAGAACAGGAAGAAGCUCACUACAGCUCCGUCCUCAAGGGCGGCACAGUCGGUGGCCUCCUCGGUCUUGCCGGCGGCUUCGCAGGAGUCCUACUUGCUUCACGUCGCUACCACACAAUCCGCAACCUAACUGUACCGAUGAAGGCCUUCCUGGUGACCUCCUCCGGUACAUUCACCGGUAUCAUCGCGGCCGACCACGCCUCGCGCGAGUACGAGAACGAGCAAAAUGCCGCAUACAAAUGGUAUGAGAAUCGCGAAGAGCGUCUCCACGCCGAACAGGUUCGCGGUCUGAGCUUCACCGACCGCGCCGCCGCCUUCGCCCGCCGCGAGAAAUACAAGAUCAUCACCGCCACCUGGGUUGCCUCGAUGGUUGGCUCCUUUGCGCUUGUCAGUCGCAUCCCUGGUCUCAGUGGACAGCAAAAGCUUGUCCAGGCUCGUGUCUAUGCACAGGGUCUGACGCUGGGUGUGCUUUGUGCUUCUGCUGCUUUUGAGAUCUCGGAUCAGCGUCGUGGUCGCGGCUUGCUCGACUCUAAGAAGAAGGCCGAUGCGGCUAAGAAUAAGGUUGAGCCUGUUGAGGAGGAACAGCCUGUUCACCAGGGUGGAACACCUAACCAGGGCGAUCUCUGGAAGGAUAUGGUUGCUGCCGAGGAGGAGCGCUUGAGCUCUAAGCACCAGUCCCUCUAUGAUCACCACGAGAAGCAGAAGGCUGCUGGUGCUGAAGGGAAGGAGGAGAAGUCUGAGGAGAGUGAUGAUGACUCCAAGACAGAGAAUAAGGACGCCGAGUCCAAGGACAAGAAGAAGAGCUCCUAG